AUGCAAGAAAUACAAGGCAACGUGGAUGACGUGCUUUCUCGAAACGAUCUCCGGGACGAUGAAAAAGCUAAACGAUACUUUCAGUUGCAAAACAGAAACCUGGCUUUUAAAGAACAAUUAAAUACAAGAACACGACCGGAAGAAAUAAUCAGCACUGUUCCAGACUUAACAUCAAGGACACAAGAUUCUUCGACAGCAACAACAGCAUUCUCCACUCCCCUCAACCCCUUUAAUGUAACACCUGAAUUGACACAAGCGGCUAUCUCUCAAAAACCUGACAAAGAAAGCCUCACCCCUCCACCACCCUUAAAUUCUGCUUUCCUGACGCCUCCUCCCGAAGCGCAAAAGACGUCGGAUUCAAUUUGUAAAUUAUUUGGAUGA